UGGGUUGCUUUAUCUUCUUUCACAUUGAAUAGUCUACUUAGAAACCCUCUUAGUAGAGAAAUUAAAGAUAUACUAUACCGUGAAUCUGUCUCAUGCUCUGUUUGUAUCGUUGCAUCUCGAAUUUUCGUGGCUGUGUAUGGAGCUCAUACGGCUGAGACUAGUUUGAGCGCCUCUAAGUCAUCAAUGACAAUGCCGCCUUCUGUGUCUACUACCGAGACUAAAUACGUCUUCGAUAACGAUGAAGAUGGAACCAUUCCCCCCUACCUCCCUACUGCGAUCGAUAAAUCCGAUAAGAAGAAUACGUUCGAGUCGGAAGUUUCUACCGUUGUAGAUAUUGAUCCAGAUUCGCUCUCUUCAGAUGAAUUGGCCGUUCCGGUCGGUUCAAGAGGCCCGUCGCCCAGACCUCCCCUGAAACCCCCGAGGGCGCACGAUCCAGGGCUUGGAGGAUGGUUCAGGUCAACAUGGAAGAAUAACAAAGCACCGCUGUUGAUGUUCACGGCACAGUUCUUCGGAGCAUUGAUGAACCUCGCUGCCCGCAUGCUCGAGGUUGAUGAAAAACCUAUGCAUCCCAUACAAUUGCUUUUCGUAAGGCAGGUGAUGACGACCAUAUUCUCCUCCCUAUACAUAUGGCGGAAGAGGAUCCCACAUGGAAUAUUGGGGCCAAAAGAUGUCAGGUGGUUGCUGGUAUUGAGAGGCUUCACCGGUUUCUUCGGCAUAUACGGUAUGUGGUACUCCGUCAAGUACAUACCGUUAGCUGAAGCAACCGUCAUCAGCUUCCUGGCACCUAAUAUCGCUGGUUACAUGUGUCAUAUAUUGAUCCAUGACACCUUCACGCGGAGGGAGCAACUUGCGUCGUUUAUAGCUCUGGGAGGAGUGGUGCUUAUCACCCGGCCGUUAUCCCUCUUUUCCGGGGCUUCUUCCUCACAAGACGCUCCGAGCGUUAUAACGGCAGAAGCCGUUUUUAAUGCCACAGCAGAAGCAAUCUCUUACCCUGGCGGAGAACAUAUCUCAACAAGUGCCGAGCGCCUGAAAGCCAUCGGCUUCGCGUUACUUGGCGUUCUCGGGGCGGCUGGAGCUAUUACGUCGCUUAGAUGUAUCGGGAAGCGGGCCCAUCCUCUGGUAUCGGUCAACUACUUCGGUACAUGGUGUGUAAUUGUAACGACCACCGUCCUUUCAGUAGCCCCUGCUCUCGAUUACGAGCAGCCUGCGCUACGCCUUGAACUGCCACAUACCAUACGGAGAUGGGCUCUCCUCAUUGUUGUCGGGGCUAGUGGGUUAAUAAUGCAGAUGCUCAUGACAGCCGGUUUAGCUAUCGAGAAGAGCAACCGUGCCACUGCAAUGAUGUAUACGCAUAUGCUCUUCGCAGCAGGGUUUGACCGUUGGGUGUUUGGACAUACAAUGGGUUGGAUAAGUCUUACGGGAUGUGGGCUUAUUGUUGGUAGCGCGCUUUGGGUUGCUCUCACGAAGAGGGAAGAGAAGAAAAGCGACAGCGGGGAUAUGGAGAUAGGAAUUGUACCUGUUGUGGUUCCUGGAGAUAACGAGAGCGUGUUCACGAUUGACGAUGAGACGGAUGCAGACGAAGAAGAGGGUGUUUUGCUUAGACGGCUAUAGAUAUGCGAUAAUGGUGCAUACAUACACUUGAAGGGUAUGAUAGAUUUGAUCUCUGAUAGAUGAACAGGACUGAGGAUUUGCAAGCGCAGGUAUACAACAGUUUAUGAAUUAUAAUGACUGUAGAAUUGGAGAUCGAGGGAGUCCAAGGUCAUAAUAAAUCGACACUGGAGAUUACGUAACCUUAUGCUGGAGCUGUGGCUUCCUUAUCAAAGCUAUGCUCAUACAGUAAUCGUACACAGUCUGGAUACUGUCUGUGUAGUCGCGACCCAGAAAAGUUUCGCGACUUCAGAGCUCCAACUUCCAAUCCAAGCUCUCUUAAUUCUGAUAAGUUCAUAUUUUC